UGAUUGUUUAUAAAGAAAUAUUUUCCUAAAAACAUUUUUAGUCCUUUUAUUGAAGUUUUUUCCACAUUUGUGGCGACCGUGACAGGACUGUUUUAAUUUUCGUUGAAUUUUCUUCGCUUAUCAUGGAAAUGGCUAAGAAAUCAAGGAAAGUUAGCACAGCUUCUUUUACCAAGCAGUCUAAUAUUAUUAAUAAAAAGUUAGAAGACAAACCAUUGCCUUUAGUUGAGGUAAGAGCUUUGAUGAAUGCUUUAGAAGUAAAGUAUGACGAAAUUCGUAAUUUAGACGCAAGCAUAUUUGAAUACAUGCUAGUGAGUGACCCCUCAGAAGAGCAGUUAGAAUUAGAAACUGAAGUAGUAGAUGAAUACGUUAGUAAGUUUCACUUACUUAAAGAACAAACGAAUGACUUCUUAAAAGGAACACUUCUGAAGCUGACAGCGAAAGCACUCACACGGCUUCUGAUAAGGAGUCAGAUAUGUUAAAUGACUAAUAUUCUUAUUAAUCAAUC